GCGAUCAAACGUCAUCUCCACUCAUCAUCAUCCAUGUUGAUGUCGGUCGUUCAUUGAUAUUGUUUAUUUUAUCGUUUGUGUUCGUUUGAGUGUUGUCUUAUAUGUUUAUUAGUUAAUGGUUAAUGGAAUUAGCCCUAAAAUAGAUGGUAAAGCACUUUAUUUGUCUGAACCAGCCUAACACAUAAAAAAUUAUGGUAUUGCAUUAAAUCUCCUAAAUUUUCUAGUUAAUUAUAGCCUAAUUAAUUUACUUACUCUAACUAGUCAGAUUGCAAAUUGAAAUGGUUGGCUUUGACAAAAUGUCCAGUUCAGUUCGUAAUUCAGAAAUGAGAAAAGAGGUGCUAGAUUUGAUGUCAGAAAAAAACAAAAUUGAAGCAGAGAUCAAGCAAUUCCAUGACAUUCUUUCUUGUAAUAACAUUGGUAUGCAUGAGCCAUUGGUGGACAGAGAAGGAUUUCCCAGAAACGACAUUGAUGUGUACCAAGUGAGGACUGCUCGUCACAAAAUUAUUUGUCUGCAGAAUGACCAUCGAGAAGUCAUGGUGAAGAUAGAGGCCGGCCUCCACAAGCUACAUGGUGCCGGAGCAGAGGCCGAGUCCCAGGUGGGUGACCAGCAGAUGGAAACUGAGUGGACGGAACCCUUCGCCAAGGUCACUCUGGUGACUGCCAGCUCCCCAGCCGACAUGUGUGGACUCCAAGUGAACGAUCUACUGCUGGAGUUUGGUUCAGUGAACAAAGGUAACUUCAGGUCCAUGCAGGAUGUGGCUUCAGUGGUGCGGCACUCGGUGGGUCGACGUGUGGCUGUAGUUUUGCGCAGAGAAGGAAGACAUUCGGCCAUCACUCUGGACCUUGUACCUCAGUCGUGGGCCGGCCAGGGUCUCCUAGGAUGCAAGAUAGAACCUGUGCAAAGUGACUUAGUCGAGCGAUGAGUGUUUAAUUUGGUGACCAGGUUAUGUUUGUGAGAGAACAUUUUUUUUCUGAGCUGCAUAUUUUAGUUUCAAUUUAAAAUUGUAUUACUGAAUGUUAAAUUAUAAAAAAAAAAGGUUUUUGAAAUGUU